CAUUAAUUGCACUAAUGGACGAGGACGAAUCUUGUCGAAGUGAGGCUGCAAGUAUUCCCACUGUAGGUAUUCUUGCUGCAAUCUUUGCAAUAGGAUUUACUGGCAACAUCUGCACUUGUCUGGUUAUUAUCAGAACAAAAUCCCUGCACACGCACGCUAACUACUGCUUGUUGACUCUUGCUGCCUUGGACUUAAAUCUCCUUUUUACUUGCACAGUAAAAAUAUAUUACUCAAUCAGCUGCGAGUAUGACGAAUAUUGGAAGAUUGUGAUCUACAUAAAAGAGGGAUAUGGUCUUCUGUCAAUAACUAUUAUUUGUGCGUUUACAGUGGAGCGAUGGCUGGCUGUACGCCAUCCUUUACGAAUGAAUGCAAAAAUGAAAAAUUUUUGUUUUGUUUUCUCCUUCAUCAGCGUCGUGGUCUUGACAAUCAUCGCAUAUUUGAGGAUUGAUGCUCUCAAUUCUAUGGAUGACGAGAUCGAAAACAAUACUGAGUACUGCGAAACUGAAGAAUGUGAAAGUGCAGUGGAAUCUAUUCAGUACGCAACAGUUUCAUUAUUCAUUCUUUCAUAUGUAAUCCCAGUCAUAAUUCUUGCAACAAUGUGUUAUCAAAUUGCGGCCUCUGUGCGCUCAACAUCCUGCAAUACCCAGACAUGCAUUAAAAAAACUCCCAACAAGAUGAAAAAACUCCUUAUAGCUGUAGUAGUGUCUUUCUUGAUUUGCUGGUCACCUCAUCAGAUAACGCUAGUAAUUAUAGCUUUUAAAGUUGUGGAAUUUGAGAAGUCUGUAUUCGAUGUCAUUACAAACAUAUCAGAAUGCUGUUUGUACCUAAACUGUGCCGUGAAUCCUAUACUAUACAACAUGUUUUCAAGAAAUUUCCGGAGAGCGCUUCAGAAUAUGAUCAGUGGUGGACCAAAUGCAACAGCGAAAGCGACUUGUUCUGCUUCCGUUGCGCUAAGAAAAUCUACGCUUCAGAAAGAAGUGACAGAGCAGGUCAUCUUAUCCAAAUCACCAUUUAUCGAAGAGACAGCAAAAACAAUAGACGAACUGAAUCGCGAAAAAGAAGAGCACUCACAGAUUAUUCAACAGAUUAAUCAGGACAAAUCCAACUUAAAGAAACAGAUGGCGAUGCAGGUACGAGCAACGCGAAAGAAAAAUCCAGCUAAAUGUGGGCUCGGCGAGGAAGCGGUCGUUCAUCCUGAUGGCAUUCCACAUGCUGAUUUCGAAGCUCCCGACCCCGCCCGCACAUCUGGCCGCUUCCCUGUGGAAGGGCCUUUCGGGGCUGAUGCCUCCUAUAAUGUCCCGCGAUUAAAUGAUAAUGGCUACGCAAUUUCGACCGCCUCCUGCGGUGCCCCCACACCUCAAGGCUGCCGACCAUCAGAGCCCUUCGAUCGUUUCAGACUUGUCAAUCGUGUUCCCAAUAAAUCUACCAAAAAUGCAUCGAUUUGUCCGAUGUCACGUUAUCGUGUUAGCUGGUCAUGUGCUUCUAUUGACGUCAUCGACAAUAGUAAACCUGGGAUCAAGGAGUGA